AUACGAAUGUGAUGAGGAGAGAAUCGGCGAUGUCGUUUGUGGUAUGGUUGAUAAUGGUGGUUCAUCCAGUUAAGCUCGUUUAUGCAAACGUGGAAGGUGAUGCUUUGCAUAGUUUGAGGACCAACUUAAAGGAUCCUAAUAGUGUGCUUCAAAGUUGGGAUCCAACUCUUGUUAAUCCUUGCACAUGGUUUCAUGUUACCUGCAAUAAUGAUAACAGUGUUAUAAGAGUUGAUUUGGGAAAUGCAGCUCUUUCUGGUACUUUAGUCUCGCAACUUGGACUUUUGAAGAAUUUGCAGUACUUAGAACUAUACAGCAAUAACUUAAGUGGUCCGAUCCCCAACGACCUUGGAAAUCUGACAAACUUGGUGAGUUUGGAUUUGUAUCUCAAUGGUUUCUCUGGCCCGAUUCCAGUCACAUUGGGCAAGCUCUCGAAGUUGCGGUUCCUCCGGCUUAACAAUAACAGCCUGACUGGUCCAAUUCCUUUGCCGUUGACUAAUAUAACGUCGUUGCAAGUGCUGGAUCUAUCAAAUAAUCGUCUCUCAGGACUAGUUCCAGAUAGUGGCUCCUUCUCGCUGUUUACGCCGAUCAGUUUUGCUAAUAACCUGGAUCUUUGUGGGCCCGUUACUGGACGUCCUUGUCCGGGUUCCCCUCCGUUUUCUCCACCUCCACCAUUUGUGCAACCACCCCCGAUUGCUGUACCAGGUGAUUGCCUCUUGCAUUGUGUUUCAGGAGGAAAAAGUGCUACUGGAGCCAUAGCUGGAGGAGUUGCUGUUGGGGCGGCACUACUGUUUGCCGCCCCUGCCCUUGCAUUUGCAUGGUGGCGCCGCCGAAAGCCUCAAGAAUUUUUCUUUGACGUGCCUGCUGAAGAAGAUCCCGAAGUUCAUUUGGGACAACUUAAAAGAUUUUCUUUAAGGGAGUUGCAAGUUGCAACAGAUAGUUUUAGCAACAAAAACAUAUUGGGUAGAGGUGGAUUUGGUAAAGUAUACAAAGGACGGUUAGCUGAUGGCUCGUUGGUGGCUGUAAAACGACUGAAGGAAGAACGAACGCCUGGUGGAGAGCUCCAGUUUCAAACGGAAGUCGAGAUGAUUAGCAUGGCUGUUCAUCGUAAUCUCCUUCGUUUAAGGGGAUUUUGUAUGACACCUACCGAAAGAUUACUCGUUUAUCCAUAUAUGGCCAACGGAAGUGUUGCAUCAUGUUUGAGAGAGCGCCCACCAAACGAGCCGCCACUGGAUUGGCCUACUCGGAAACGCAUUGCUCUAGGGUCUGCUAGAGGACUUUCGUAUUUGCAUGAUCAUUGCGACCCGAAGAUCAUUCAUCGUGAUGUUAAAGCAGCAAAUAUUUUGUUGGACGAGGAGUUCGAGGCUGUUGUUGGAGAUUUCGGUUUGGCUAGACUCAUGGACUACAAGGAUACGCAUGUUACAACCGCUGUACGUGGCACGAUCGGGCAUAUCGCUCCCGAGUAUCUCUCGACCGGAAAAUCAUCAGAAAAAACAGAUGUUUUCGGGUAUGGGAUCAUGCUUUUGGAACUGAUUACCGGACAGAGAGCCUUCGAUCUUGCUCGACUAGCUAAUGACGACGAUGUUAUGUUACUCGAUUGGGUGAAAGGGCUUUUGAAAGAGAAGAAACUGGAGAUGCUGGUUGACCCGGAUCUAGAAACGAAUUACAUAGCGACGGAAGUGGAACAACUGAUACAGGUGGCGUUGCUAUGCACACAAGGGUCUCCGAUGGACCGGCCAAAGAUGUCGGACGUGGUUAGGAUGCUGGAAGGGGACGGGUUGGCGGAAAGAUGGGAGGAGUGGCAGAAGGUGGAGGUCCUCCGCCAUGAACUGGAUCUUGUGCCGCUUCCCAACUCCGAUUGGAUUCUUGAUUCCACUGAUAACUUGCAUGCAGUCGAAUUAUCGGGACCAAGGUGAUGAUGUAAAAUUGGAAACAAAUUUAGGGGUGUUGUAAUCCCACACUCUAUUUUGGCACGUAUAGCUUCUAAAGUCAUUAUGAUA